AGUGCAGUUCUCAGGGAGCUCAAUCCCUUGCUUGCUUUCUUUACCAGGUUUGUGGUGCCGUUAGCUCCUGGGCUAUUGGCUUCUACGGGCCACAAAAGUGGGGUGCCCCCUGCAGUAGCCUCAGUCCGAGAGAUCCCAGGGCAUCAGGUCGGCGUCACCUAAUUGAUAUAAAAUUUCAAUAGUCAAUCUGGAUUUUAUUUCUAUUUCUUUUAUUUUAACGAAAGUAAGCCAGCAGCGCUGGGUGGCCGGGGAGUCACUGCUCUACUCACGGCACACACCACUUACAAGUUCACUAAAGUAUAUAUACUGCUUUUAAGCCUACAAAGUAUUUUCCAAUGUGCUCAGUUAGUCCAAAUCAGCAAAUAUCAAUAAGCUGGGAUCCACAGUUUCAUAAUCUUUCCAGGUGGUCGUUGAUUCCUGUCCUUCUUGUGGUCAUCUGGAGGGAGGCCUUUCACUAGUGUCUGCUACAUGAUUUUGUCAAGUGCAUCAAGCUUUUUUUAUACAUAAGCAUUUAGUUGCUUUGUUGCAAUAUCUCUUAGCUUUACGACAACUACCUACAUUUUAUUCCAAGCAUCAGUCAUCUUGGUACCUCAUUUCUUUUACUCUACUAUACUUCUUUGAUUUCAAUGCUUUAUUUGGCUAUUUGGUCAGAAAGUUCCAAAAUCUUUCUUAGUGUCUAUUUUCAACACAGCAGAUAGAAACAUUUGCUGAUUCCAUUGACAAUUGACAUGAAUCACAAAAACAUUUGUCACAGAAUCAGGGCAGGAUGAGCCCUGGGAGCCCCAAAAGCCCCUCAGCAUGCCUGAGCAGGAACCCGGGAGCGGGGAAUGCCCAGGACCCACAGGUCCCCCAGCAGCUCUGAGAAGAGGGACCCCCAUAACCCCAAAGUAAGGACAUUGGAAACAGGGAACUGCUAGGAGAGUGUUUUUGGACUGAAUGAAUUUUUGGAGGUAUUUCUGGCCAUCAGAUACCCAGUGACUUCUAGAGAUGGACUUGGCCAGUGGACCAUCAAAGCCAAUGCACUCACAUCUUGUUUUUCCCCAAAUCAGGAUUUCCCAUUCCCAAACCUUUUCUGGAUGGAGGAGAAGGCUGUGAGGAAGCGGAAGGUGCUCCAGGACACUGAGGCAGGUGCGGCAGACAAGGAGCUGAGGAUGGAGAGCAGGGAGGACAAAUCCCCAAAGCAGAACCUCGUGGAAGAGGCCGUUUUGAGCGGCUGCACAGCACAGGAAUCCAAUGGGGAGGAAAAGCCCCGGAGAUCCCGCAGGAGGAGGGGCUCCAAAGCCAGCCCAGGGUGCUCUGAGGGGGAAAGACCCACCCUGUGCCAGGAAGGCAGCCAGAGAUCUGACCAGAGCUCUGAGGUGGUGGUCCAUGAGCAGCGUGAUGAUGGCAAGAAGCCCCACCAGUGCUUGGAAUGUGGGAAGAGUUUCCUCAGGAGGUACCUUCUGGUCUGCCACCAGAGGAUUCACACUGGGGAACGGCCCUAUGAGUGUGGGGAAUGUGGGAAGAGCUUCAGGAUCAGCACCCACCUGAUGAACCACCAGAGGAUCCACACUGGGGAACAGCCCCACGAGUGUGGGGAAUGUGGACAGAGGUUCAAGAUCAGCUCCCACCUGAUCGUCCACCGAAGGAUCCACACCGGGGAACGGCCCUAUGAGUGUGGGGAAUGUGGGAUGAGCUUCAGGAUCAGCUCCCACCUGAUCAACCACCAGAGUACCCACACAGGGGAACGGCCCCAUGAGUGUGGGGAAUGUGGGAAGAGCUUCAAGAUGAGCUCCCACCUGAUCUGCCACCAGAGGAUCCACACCAAUGAACGGCCCUAUAAAUGUGGAGAAUGUGGGAAAGGCUUCAGGAGGAACUCCAGCCUGAAACUCCACCAGAUGACCCACACUGGGAUACGACCCUACGUGUGUGGGGAAUGUGGGAAGAGCUUCCGUGACAGCUCUCGCCUGAUCAUCCACCAGACAAUGCACACUGGGGAAGGCCCCUACACGUGCUCAGAAUGUGGGAAGAGCUUCAUGGAGAACUCCAGCCUGAUUAUGCACCAGAGGAUCCACACCAGGGAGAGGCCCUACGAGUGUGGGGAAUGUGGGAAAAGCUUCAUCCAGAGAUGUCAUCUGGUUUUCCACCAGAGGAUCCACACUGGGGAGAGGCCCUGUAAGUGCAGGGAAUGUGGGAAAAGCUUCAGUGCGCCCUCCACCCUGAUUGCCCACCAGAGGAUCCACACUGGGGAGAGGCCCUACAAGUGUGAGGAAUGUGGGAAAAGCUUCAGCCAGAGGUCCGGCCUGAUUGCCCACCACAGGAUCCACACUGGGGAGAAGCACUAUGAGUGUCCUGAGUGUGGGGAGAGGUUUCAGAGCAGAUACCGUCUCCUCAAGCAUCAGCAGAUUCACACAGAAUAGAGGCCCUUCCCCUGCCCCGACUGCGGGAAGGGCUUUAAGAAGAACUCCACCCUCGUCACCCACCAGCGGAUCCACACUGGGGAGAGGCCCUAACAGAGUCCCAGGUGUGGGAAGAGCUUCUCCCAGAACGCUGCCAUGACCCAGCACCAAGAGAGGCAGCAGUAAGGGAAGCCCUACAAGUGCCCCGUGUGUGGGAAGAGCUUUGAGCGCUGCUCCAACUCCAUCCCCCAGUGGAGGACCCCCACUGAAUGGUCCACAGUGACCCUCGUUGGACAGAGACUUGGUGAUCCAUGGUCCUGGUGAUCCAUGUUAGAACGACACCUGGCUAGUGAUCUCCACAUCUUCCUGGCUCCCCUUGGACACUUGGACACAGCCAGAGAAAGUUGCAUUGGCAUGCAAACCGACAUCAGAAUUUCAUAGGGGACAGCACAUUUUUUUACUUUCGACCCCAAAAAUAUCUCACCUUUUGCAUCCAGUUGUUUCUUCGGGUGGCAUCAAGGAAUACUGGAUGGUGUUGGAGGUCUUUUCCAACCUAAAUCAUUCCAUGAUUCUAAUUCUCUCUGGCCCAUAGGCAUCUUUCACAGCCAAAUGGUGAUGGACUAGAGCAAAAACCCAAGAUUUUGGAGACAAUGGAGUGGAAAUUCCUCUAGAAAAGGUUCUUUCUACCCACCCAGGCACAUGGAUACUCAGCCAGCAUGGGCACGUAAAUCCUUUUAUUUUGGCCUUGAUUUUCCUUCAUUUUUCUUCAUUCCUUCACCCAACACUGGGGUAAAAAUAAAG